UCAUCAACCGGACUGUUUUGCCGCGGUUUCAAAGCGCAGACUUUAUUGGUCAAUCUGCCCACGUGACAAACUAGGUUUGGAAGAUUCUCGCGCCACAGGCAGAGCCCCGCCCUCGCGCACUCGGAGACGCGUUCUCAUUGGUGGAAAGCACCAGCAGACUCGCGCCAGUUUUCGCAGCUGCGCUCGAGAGAGUAGCAUCUUCAGUCAGGAAACCGUCUCCUAGCUCAAAUACUUACACGUUUACCUUAGAAACGCGACUUUUCCACACUUCUGCGAUAAACAUGGCACCAAAGGAUUACAUGGCGGAGAAGGAGAAGUGCAAGCGCUUCCUGCAGGAGUUCUACAGCGAGGAUGACUCCGGGAAGAAGGUGUUCAAAUACGGCGCUCAGCUGGUGUCCCUGGCGCACCGCGAGCAGAACACGAGUCCUGUUCUUGCCGCUGCUCAGAUCGCCUCUCCGAGCUUCACGCCGCUCAUCAUGUGUCCCAGUCAGGAGUGCGUCACCAACAAGUCUGGAGGACGGCUGUACCUGCAGACACGCGGGUCAAAGUUCAUCAAGUUCCAGGAGCUGCGCAUUCAGGAGCAUAGCGAUCAGGUGCCGGUGGGAAACAUCCCCCGCAGCAUGACCAUUUACGCCCGCGGAGAGAACACGCGUGUGGCGCAGCCUGGAGAUCACGUGGCUGUUUCUGGAAUAUUCCUUCCUCUGCUGCGCUCCGGAUUCAGACAGGCUGUACAGGUGACACGCUUUACAGACGUCACACACAUCUCAACAUCCUAUCAACACACAGUGGGCAGAAAAAGUCCCCCUCUACAUUUGUAUUGCUGUGUCCCAAUGUUCAUACUAUCCAUCCUAAAUGUUAUCUGUUGUGACAGUCUGUUGUAUGAAGCGCUGUUUGACAAUGCGUCUGUGUUUGUAGGGAACAUUAACAUCUGUCUGAUGGGAGAUCCGGGUGUGGCCAAGUCUCAGCUGCUGUCCUACAUUGACCGUCUCGCUCCUCGCAGUCAGUACACGACAGGCCGCGGCUCAUCCGGUGUGGGGUUGACGGCGGCGGUGAUGCGUGACCCGGUCACGGGUGAGAUGACGCUGGAGGGCGGCGCUCUGGUGCUGGCUGAUCUGGGCGUGUGCUGCAUCGACGAGUUCGAUAAGAUGGCCGACGCCGACCGCACGGCCAUUCAUGAGGUCAUGGAGCAGCAGACCAUCUCCAUCGCCAAGGCCGGCAUCAUGACGUCUCUGAAUGCACGCUGCUCGAUCCUGGCGGCGGCGAACCCGGCGUACGGCCGCUACAACCCUCGCAAAACCCUCGAGCAGAACAUCCAGCUGCCGGCGGCGCUGCUGUCGCGCUUCGACCUGCUGUGGCUCAUUCAGGACAAACCCGAUGCAGACAACGACCUGCGUCUGGCUCAGCACAUCACAUACGUGCACCAGCACUGCAAGCAGCCGCCGACACACUUCAGCCCCAUCCACAUGCAGCUCAUGAGGCGUUACAUCAGUAAGUGUAAGCAGAAGCAGCCGGUGGUUCCUGAGGCUCUGUCGGAUUACAUCACAGCCGCGUAUGUAGAGAUGAGGAAAGAGGCACGAGUCAGUAAAGACACGACGUUCACCUCGGCCCGAACGCUGCUGUCCAUCCUGCGCCUCUCCACUGCCCUGGUGAGACACUCUCACUCUCUUUCUCUCACACUCGCGCUCU